AUGCCCGAAAUAAUGGAGCGUCGUGCCACAUCGGCAUCUAUCCCGACGUCUUCGAAAUCUUCCGUCAAACCUCUUCCGAUUCCAAAACUCUCAGAAGGAGCAACACCAAUCGAGUCGGCUCUCAAAUCGAAACGUUUCAGUCUUGUUCACAUGCCAUCAAAACAAGAACGUCGAGUCACAAUCAGACCAUAUGAAAGCUUCAGAGAACGAAAGGAAGAGAAGCCAGACACGAUAACCUUCGGCUACGCAGCAUUGAGUACAAACGAAGAUGAAUCUAGAAAAGAUUUGGAAAUGGACGAAGGACGUCCAUCAUCCCCAUCCCCAUCCAUAUUCUCCAUCUAUGGAGAUGAACCAGGACCAUCUACAAUCUGCGAGCAACCGGUUGGAGCUCAAGCCGACGUCUUCAUCUCGUCCCUAGGAGAAAAGAAACUGACACAAAUCAAGAAAUAUUUGGAUUCCACUCCUCGAGAGGAGCAUAUGUACUUUUUAUGGGUCAAGGAUUCAGAGUGCAAUAAGAUAACAGUGAUAUCGAUAAAAACCUUGGAAAAUCAUUUGAAAAACGAUAGUCGUGUGAGAAGAGUGAAAUGGAGACAUUUAUCGUCUGAACGGGUAUCGAUAUAUCGAUACAGUUUGCCAGCUAUCACUUAUGAGAAAUCAAAACUCUGCAAGGAAUGCUUGUGCCGUCAUAAGAAGUUGUGUCUUCUCCUCGUCUGGCUGGCCUUUGUCCUGUUUCUCUGUCUCGUCGUCGUCCUGGGAUCCCUUUCUCCAGAUGAUCGAUCCCAUCCGUUUGCUCACAAUCAAUCGAAAACUAUCCCGCCACAAGCUAUGCUGAUUGCACAACAUCCACCACCACCACAUCUAGCGAACGUUCUUAUGAACGCUUCUCUUGUUGGAUAA